ACAUAGCUCACUCGCUGUUGGAAGUUCAAUCCUGAGGGCGCAAAACAGUUUGAAAAUAUGGAUGGGAGCUGCUCAAGAAAAGUAAUGUCGAGGAAUCCAUAGACUGGCUCCUGAAAGAGGGUAUGACGGAGUUGUAUGACGCCGAGCUUUUCCUCUGCUAGCUUAAGAUCGUCAAACUGGAUUGUGUUGGAGUUGGAAAGGACAGCUUGUCCCCGAUUUACUGACUGUUGGGGUCUACAGAGGGGGAGAGAAAAAUGAAGUUCGCCCAGUUUUUGUUGAAAAACGGCUCUCUAGCUGGGAUACCGAAACAAGUGGAAAGGUUCUCCAAGUUUUCCCCUUCUCCAUUAUCCAUGAAGCAGUUCAUUGACUUCGGGUCAGCCGAUGCAUGUGAGAAGACCUCCUUUGUGUUCCUGCGACAGGAGCUUCCUGUUAGACUGGCCAACAUUAUGAAGGAAAUUGAUUAUCUCCCUGACAAGCUCCUUGGCACUCCAUCUGUAAAGCUCCUCACCAGUUGGUAUUCACAAAGUUUGAUGGAGCUUGUAGACUUUUUAGAAAGAGAUCCAGAUGAUAAAGAGGUCCUGAAAAGCUUCACGCAGACUCUCGUAAAUGUCCGGAAUCGGCAUAACAACGUGGUGCCUACCAUGGCUCAGGGUGUGUUGGAGUACAAGGAUGCUUUCGGCGUGGACCCUGUCACCAACCAGAACGUUCAGUACUUCCUGGACCGUUUCUACAUGAGCCGCAUCUCCACGCGCAUGCUCAUGAACCAGCACACUUUAAUCUUUGAUGGCAGCGUAAAUCCAGCCCAUCCCAAACAUAUCGGCAGCAUUGACCCCAGUUGUGACGUUGUGGAGGUGGUAAAAGAUGCCUAUGAGACUUCAAAGAUGCUGUGUGAGCAGUAUUACCUCACCUCUCCUGAUAUACAGAUCACAGAAGUCAACUCUAAAAGCCCUGACCAACCCCUCCACAUUGUCUAUGUGCCAUCCCAUCUUUACCACAUGCUGUUUGAGCUCUUCAAGAAUGCUAUGAGAGCUACUGUAGAGACCCAUGAGACGAGCCCGACAUUGCCUCCAAUCAAAUUGCGCGUUUCACUCGGCACAGAGGACCUCACUAUCAAGAUGUCUGACAGAGGAGGUGGAGUCCCUCUAAGGAAGAUUGAACGUCUCUUCAGCUACAUGUACUCCACCGCUCCCAGUCCUGUCCAUGUGGACAAAUCUCGUAAUGCUCCUCUGGCUGGUUUUGGCUACGGUCUGCCCAUCUCCCGCCUGUAUGCCAAGUAUUUCCAGGGAGACCUGCAGCUCUACUCUAUGGAAGGCUAUGGCACAUCAGCUGUCAUAUACUUGAAGGCCCUGUCCUCAGAGUCAGUGGAGAGACUUCCUGUUUUCAAUAAGUCAGCAUUACGACAUUACCAGACCAGCACAGAGGCUGAUGACUGGUGCAUGCCCAGCAAGGAUCCAAAGAAACUUGGCAAGUAUGAGAAGACCCGAUGAUGGUGCAUUGAAGAAGCAGGGGGACGUUAAAACGGUUUGAAUUGAAGUGUAAGAGAAAUGAGGAGAAGACAGAGAAGCCAUCCAAUGCUACCAGAUUGUGUGUUCAUUUAAUCUGGAAAAUCAUCUCACACGUCAAAUCUGUGACAAACAUUUAAAGAGUUCAAAUUGUUCAGUGUCUGUGCUAAAAAUUCACAAAAGUCAAGCUGAAUCAUUACUUUCUGAACUUGACUUCAAACCAUCCUCCAGGUAUUUAAACCCAACAAAACCUCAUACAUCACACGCAGUGUUGUUUUUAAUGACCACAUGCUGCUAAUGGAAAUGGAACAGUUCAAGUAUUAAUCUUUUUGUCUUGGUAAUUGCAUUUAGAAACAAGCGUGCUGUUUUUGUUUUUAUCAGUUGUUUUCUUUCAAGAUUAUUUCUGAAGAUUCAAGUCUUUGGUUGAUCAAAUUCCUGAGUAAAGAUUAUUUUGCAUCAGGCUAAAAGAGUCUCAGCGUCGGUAAGAUCCCAGCAAAAAGCGGUAGGAGGAGGCAUACUCAGGCAGACAGGAGCAUUUUCAGUUGUUGCAGCAUGAACAUAAAGGGAGCAAAGUGUUUCAUUGUCAGUUGCUUUGAUAAAAAAAAUAUACAAUGAAUGGUUCCAUAGUUUUUGAAGAAAAUGAGAUGUAAAUGAAUGUGAUUCUUUUGUCAGAGAAUCAUGAAUGUCACUGCCCUCCUGUCCUUUGACUUACUGUAGCAAUCAAUCGAUGCAAACUGAGCUAGGCUGAAUGUUAAAUAGUUAAAACAUAUAUGAUGUAUGUGUCGUGCAAAACAUAAAAAAAUGUAGUUUUAACUGUUAACAACUGCCAAGUUCUCCUUUAUUGUCACUGAAAUGUAAACAUAUUUAAACUAGUCUGAAAAUUAACCAGGAUAUGAACUAUGCAGAGACUUUUUCAUUGUUUUGGAUGUUAGAAGCAAUUUUACAACUUUGUCUUAGGGAUGUUUUUAAAAAUAACUUUGGACAAAUUUGAAAUGCCGCAUCUGUGGAGAUUAAGGAGGAGCAACAGAUCACAUCGGGAUGGACAACUUGCACAUCUGUCAGUGUCUUUCUCAAAGGAUUGUCUUGUUUCAUCAGGAAAACACCAAACCACAUUCCUGCAAGUAUUACAGAAGCAUGGCUCUGCAGUGAACGGGCCUGCUUUGCAGACCUGGCCUGUCACUCACAGUACUCAUUUGGCACUUUAUAAAACAAAAAGUGCAACUAGACAAGCCCCAGACUGUUUGAACACCUAAAAUCCAAAGGUCAAACAAUAAUGGAAAAACAUCCUCCCCCAACUCUCUGACUGGAUAAAGUGAGUAUGGAAAAUGGAUGGGCAAAUAACUUACAAAUCACCGUAUUCCAUUUUGUAUUGACAUUCUUUUUAAAUUAUUUUACACGUUUUAAUUUGUUGCAGAAACUGUCCUUCAGCCAUUUGUUAUGUAACAGGUUGAAAGCCGUCGUCCUGUUAUCUGUUCCUGACAGGAUUAUACUCACACUGACUUUGGUAUGGAAGAUAUGUAGAAGCAACUAAGAGAUAAGCUGUAUUGACCUAACUGAGGGACUUAUGCAGUAUGUACUGUAAUGAUUUCACACACUAGUCAUACGUUUAUACUUUGUAAUUCACUUCUCUGCCUUUGCUUAGUUUGAAGCCUUUGCUUUGUUUAAUAUCCGGAUUGCCUUUCAACUCAAACAUCUGUUCACUUUAAGCAUCACUUUAAGGCCAAGUGUUACUGUGCUGAGUUUGUGGUUCAUCAUUAAAAGGACCAGUGAAUGUUGCUAAUAAAAAUCUUGUUUGUUUUCUGUA